CCGGGGGAGGGAGGAGGAGGAGGCAGCGGCGGCGGGACGCCAUGAAGGCCGCCGCGGUGGCGGGAGCGGCUGCAUGGACCGCGCCAUGCAGCACAGCCCGGCGCCCGCCGUGCUGGUCACCACCAGGCAAAUUCAGAAUACUCACACGGGGCUGGAUUUAUCAGUGCCAGAAUACCAGGAAAUCCGUGGGAAGAUGAUGUCUGGCCACGUAGAGUAUCACAUUGUCGUCGUUACCCGUCUGCCUGCCUUCAAAUCAGCAAAGCACAAGCCUGAGGAUGUGGUUCAGUUUAUGGUUUCCAAGAAGUACAGUGAGAUAGAAGAGCUCUACCACAGGCUGGCAGCACGAUAUCCACAGGCUUCUCUUCCACUCUUACCUAGAAAAGUUCUCUUUGUGGGGGAAUCUGACAUUUGUGAACGAAGAGCAAUGUUCAAUGAUAUCAUGAAAUCCAUCUCAAAAGAUGAGGAUCUAGCAACAAGUCCUGAGUUACUGGAAUUCUUAGGAACGAAAUCUACUAGUGUCAUUGACUUCAAGAGUAAAAACAUUCCUGAUGAUAAGGAGAAAGAAAAUGAAGAAAAUGAGGCAUUUGAUUUCUUCAAAGAGGAGAAGACACCUGACUUAAUCUCACAGCUUGCAUCAGUGGAAGAUGCCAAAAAGGGGCAGAAAAAAGAAGAGGAAGAAGAGGAAGAAAUUUUAGACCCUCUUGGUUUAAUCAGAACUAAAAAAACAAAGAAAACAUCUUUUUCACCAGCCAAGAAAGAGAAGCCCAAAUUAACCAUUUUCGAAGAGGAAGUUGAUCAAGAGGAAGGACUGUUUGGCCCAGAAAAAGAUUUCUCAUCACUUGGUCCCAGGAAGAAGAUGAAAGAGAAUCUGAAGUUAUUUGAAGACCCAGACCUUGGUGGAGUGGUAAGACUGGGUGACUCACUACUGCUACCAGCUGCCGUUGAUACCAGGGAGUUUGUGCUAAACAGGAGUCCUGAGGAAGACACUGAGGAACUGCUGAGAGUUGAAGAUGAUUUCGAGAAACUCUUGAAAGUAACCUCCAAACCAAAACCUAAAGUACCAUCAAAACCACCAUUACCUGAGAAGCCAGUAGUUGCCCCCAGGAACAACACUAAUUCAUCUCAACUGGCAAAGCCAAAGAAAGACAAGAUUCAAACAAUGAGUGAAGUGGACAUUCUCCAGUAUAUCCAGGAAAAUGAAUCUAUUGACAAUGAAGAUGCAAGCCUCUUUUGAACAUAAAUAUAUUUUUUUAAUGUAGUGAUGCCUUCUUGGUCCAAACUCCCAUUGAGCUCAAGUGAGGGUGGUAAGAAUUGGCCAGAUCAUUUGAUUGUCACAGUGUCCAUUUAGGUAUCGUGCUUCAGUCACUAGCAAGUUUGACUUGUGCAAGAACAACCUAAUGCUUUCAAAAUUUUCAGGGCUUUACAGAGGAUGUGGAUAAGGACAUGGCACUAUCAAUUACAGUCACAUGGCAAAUCAUUUUAGUAUCAACAGCACAAUUUUGGCCAGUUUAGUUCUAACUGAAAAUGGCAAGCCUGCAGCACACGUGGCAAGUAUGCAUAGCGUCCAACAAAUGGUCUGAAACAAGACAGAAUGCCGUUUCUGCCAUUUUACACAAUAUAUUUCAGCUCUCUGAAACAGUUAUUUUCUUUUUCUGCUAUGCAUUAUUAUAGCAACCCCUUCCUCCCUGACUGGUAUUUCAGUAAUUUAUAAUCCAUAGUUAAGUUCAGGUAUAGUGUAGGUAAUAGUUCCUUUGUAGUUCAGAGAAAUACUGGAAUCCCACAUAAGCCUGACUGUUCUGCUGACUUUGUAGCUGCACAACUGCCAACUUGUAUCUUAGGUAGUAGGACUGCAAACACUAAGCGCUAUGCAUCUUUAGCUCUUGGGGAGAGUAGCAUAUGGCUGAAGAUGGCUAAGAGUGCAGCUCCAGACAUGCAUGGAGAUUGCCCUAAGUGGGUGAUUUGGAUGCUGAGGGACUCUUGUGAAUGUACUCAAGAUUCACAAGGGUUAAUUUUUUUGCCAGGCAAGCUUUCCUGGGCUUCUUCUGUAGUCAGUAGAGAGCCAGAGUUCUCCAGAAGGAUGUCAGUGCAGACAUCCAAUCUGAGGAAGUCUGAAUCGCUCUCUGGAGACCCUCUCCAUCACUCCCUCACUUCUAUAAUUUAAAUUAAAGAAGGAGCCAUAGCGACUAAUUCCGCUAAGCCAAAAUGAGUCUUUUGUAACAAAAACAGUCUCUUCAUUACUGUAGUAAUCUUUAUAACAAGACAGGAAAAACUUGGGGAUUAGCCCCAGAAGGAAUAAAGAAAAAGGAAGGAAAUAUACUGGAGAAGUUUUAAUAUGCAGGAGAUGUAGGAAAUACAUGGUAGAACAGGCAUCCUGGACUACUCAUCUUCCUUCCAGAGCUCAGACUCACUGUCUCAACAUGCUGAAUUUACAUGUAAUAUGGGUUGAUAACAGCUGUUAUAUAGAAAGAGACUCCUGAACUCCUGCCACCUGUGCCACAAGUGUGGAGAAAAGCUCCCCAGAGGGAAAAUAGUAAUAUAUGUAAGCCAUAUCACUAUUCCUAAAUCUGCCUUUUUAAUAUAGAACAGAAUGAAUAGAAAGCCUUAUAUAUAUGCCUGUAUUUUUAAUAAUGAAAUUCUCUCUGUUAGUAUUUUUGCUUUAAGCCAAUGGAAAAUAUGGUGAAGGUAUUUUGGGUUGAUGGGACAAGUAAAAUAAAACUAUUGGUUCUGUUUUAUGUAAAAUAGGUUUAGUAUAAUAAAACAUUUUGAUAGCCUGCA